CCGGGUCGUCCGGCGUUUCCGGAUUCAAGGGGAAACAGACUCGCUGGGCUCAAGCUGUGCGACGCUUCGACCUUGCGGUCUCAGGCGAGGGGAAAGCGGGCCGGUCUGCGGCCGUCCAUCGAGCAGCCAUGGUGGCGUAUUGGAGGCAGGCUGGGCUCAGUUACAUCCGGUAUUCCCAGAUUUGUGCCAAGGCAGUAAGAGCAGCACUAAAGCCUCAGUUUAAGGCAGAGGCGGAGAGAGCGGCCGGAGCUAAUGUAAAAAUAGUUAAACCCAAAAAGGACUGAGAGGCAAGAUCUGAGAUAUAAAGGGCAGUGUGAAGUCUCGUGGAGCUUCUUAUGUACAACAUAACUGCUUCCUGUGCUGUAGAAUCUCUGCAUAUGUGUAAAUCAACGCACUAAUAAAUGAAACUUCUUGAAA